GCGAGAAUGGGGAGGGGGCGUGAUGCGCAUGUUCAGUGACCAGCCUCAAAAACCGCCUAUUUUCUCUCACACUCAAAAAAAAUCCGCCGCCCCCUCCCCGCCGCUUCUAAUACCAACGCAAGGGAGGAGCAGAAAUACUCUGCGGGAGGAGGCAGGAGGCACAAUAUACUGUAUCGUAUACAGUAUUCUUCCUUCCAGACUUCUCACUGCGCCUGCGCCGGAGAGCAACCUCCCAGACCCGCCCCCCCGGAGUACGCCUGCGCGGCGCUCCGGCCCGCCGCCCAGUUGCCGCGCCUGCGCAGUCUGCCCUGAUCUCCUCGUUCUUGUCAGUCAGCGCCUGUCUGUUGAGAGGGGCGGUCGCUUAUAACCAAGGUCCUCGUCGCUGGUUUCUUUUCCCCCCCGUAGCUUUCGCCGCUGCCGCCAUCGACGAAAUGGCUGAGCCCGCCACCCAGUCCCCGUAUAUUUCUUCCUCUGCUGGGGGUGGCUCCUCGGAGCCAGGAGGCCGAGACCUCAAGGGGGCAGGUUCCCCCCAGCCUUGCGCUGGUGAGUGUGGGGGGUGGGCAGGGGAAAAGAACAGCUGGUGGGGGGGAGGGGGCUUGGCGUAGGGAAGUGCCGGGUGGUUUGUGGGCACGAGGAAGGAGGAAGGGGUGGGCGGAGGCGGUGUAGCAAAAACGUAAAACCCUGAAAGGCACCAGGAUUCCCUGAGACGCUUAAAUCAUUGCAUUUCCGAAUCCUGUUUUCUUCUUAUUAAGACCAACUCAGGUAAAUCGGCUCUUACAGGGAGUCCUUUGCCUGGAAUGAAAAAAGGAAAGAAAGCAAAAUAGACUUUAUUGUCAUAAAACAUGCAGGCAGGGCUAAAGUACUGACUUUCAUGAAUGCCAUUUUUUUUAGUAAGUCUGAAAUAUGGUAGACAAGAGUUAGCAUUCACAGAACCAGGGUGUGUGUGUUUCUCUAUAUAAGCAUAUACAUAUUUAUAUAUAUAUAUAAACUAACAGCUAUUAGGAGAGGAUUCAGUAAGGAUAACGUCCCUUUAUUGACAUCAAAGUUUGCCUUUAAUUUUUUGCAGCUGCUGUUAGGACUAAUGCAUAUUUCCAUUGAUAAUAUGUGGGUGUUUUGCAUAGAAGGCUUCCAAAGGUUAACUCAUUUUCAUUCAGUAUGUGUGUGUGUGUUAAAAGGAGGGAUACAAAGAUGACCAGCCUAUAUGACAGGAGGUGGGGCUUUGGGGUGGAAGAGCAGUGUUGGAAAAACAUAUUUCACUAGAACCAAAUAACAUUUGUCAAGCCAAGAGUUCACAUUGUGUCAUAUAGAUUUGUGGGUUACACUGAUCCCUUCAUUGGGCCUGAUUAAAGUAUAAUUAUAAGGUGGGAAAUGGUUGGGGUUUUGGGGGGGGGAUCCUACUGCUGACUGACUAUAACUGCAUAGGAAACACUUUUCUUCCCUCUUUUUUUAAAUAUUUAUCUCCCUUUAAAAUUUAGCCUGAGAGAGUAAGAGUACUGUGUUACAGAGCAGCUUGCAUAUUGUAUUGUGAACAUAUGGCGAUCCUGCUAAAGGUAUUUGAUGGUCCCUGCAGAAGAAUCAGUGAGUAGAAGAUGAAGCAUGGAGCUGAAAUAGAACUCCAAAGUGGGCUACACUUAAGGAGAGAAAGGGUGUGUCUGAAAGGUUUAAGAGGAACUGUUCUGGAAGAAAAUGCCAUUUUGGAUUAUGUCCAUUGGGAACGUGUAACGCAGAGAGGUGCACCAAAUACAAAAUGUGUUGUGGCUAAUGUGAGGUUAAUGAAGAUUGCUAUGCAAACAGGACUGUGUGGGAAAUAUGGUAGGAUGGGGUGGAAGGCAAGCAAGACUGUGGGUGUGGUGUUGGUGCUAUGGACAAUCCUUAGGAGACUAAGGCAUAACACCAGAGUGUUAUGCUGGUUGGUAAUGGGGUGUUGGGAGUUGUAUAAUAAUUGUAUGUCCUUUGUGGUAUGUAGUUGUGUAUAGGGGUGUGACUGAAGAACUGAAUGUAAUAGUCUUUUGUACAUAAUGGUGGUAUUCCUCCCACCAUUCAGCAACCUGCUGCUUCCUAAUCCACCAUUUCAUACGCCUUGCAGCCUUACCAGGCAUGAUGCAAUGGCAAGGUUUGGAUUUCAGACUCUGGGGAGGCCAUUCCCUGAUACUGGCGGUGAUUCUGAAUGGGAUAAGGAAAGCUUGGGUUUUAAGGGCACUCUUCCGUAGCAAACUGGGGAACAGAUACACUUACGGUUGGCUGAAUGUUGCUUUUGUACCUUUUCAGUGCAUUUCCAAAUGUGGUCGCUUGCUAAGCACUUGAAAAACAGCAGCUGGGCUAGAGGCUGAGAAGGGAGUGGUGUCUCAACUGGAAGGUGGGGAGAGGGAAGCUUCUGUCUGCUGUAUGUUUGUCAGAUUAGACUCCAAAAUGUGUCUCAUAGCUCCAAGAAUUGAGCAACCUUUUCUAUCUGCUUUGGGGAGGGCUUGCUGGGGUUUUUCUGGAUCUAGGCUAGUUGCUUCCUUAAUCUGCCCCCUCCCCUUUCCUCAAGCAGGUGAUCGAACUGAAGGGGGGUGCAUUGCCUUUUCCCUUUACAGUUGCUCUGUCAUCGUCUUGACUAAGGUCUCUUGUUGUAUUGCUGGCUCCCACUUGAAGCAGGAAAGCAGUCUUAAUUAUUUUAAAACCUUACCUGAUAAAAAAUCCCUGUAACCUUGGGUUUUUUUGUGGGUGGGGGACAUUUGGAGGUGUACAUUUAAUUAUUUGUCUUUGAGAAGGCAGCUUUGACGACAGAUCUUCCCUUUCGUGAUGGCUUUAGGCAACUGGAGAGGGGGCAGGGAGGCACCCCAGAAAACAUUUUGCAAUAUGUACCGCUCCUCUCCUCCCUCUCCUAAUAAGCUUCAGAGGGCUGGGAUGUAAAUGGUUCUUAUCUUCUAAGGCAGCUUUCAGAUAGAGGUGGGAAUGCUCAUUUAAAAAACCACCGCCACAACAAACUGCACUGCAGAUGCUUCACUGAGGGUGGAAUACACAGGCCCAAGUGACAAUGCUUUAAAAGGGCUGAGUCUUGCAAUGCACCCCAUCUAACAAUAGCUCUGCCUCAUCAAGUGGCCCAGCUGGGGGUUAGCUGACUUUAAAAAAACAAAAAAAAACCCACCCCUUUGUGGAUUUUGUUUUGAAAUUCCUGACCACGCUCCUUCCCUUGCAUGGGCAUAUUAGUAGUGUCUGGUAUGCGGCAGUUCUUGUAGUGCCAACGUUUCAGUCAAGAUGCCGUCUUUCUCUGUAUAUAUUCUCUGUAUAUUUUUACGUCUCUAAUCUGUCAAGUCUUGUCUUGAGAUGUCUGAAUUGUGGCUGCUUGCUCAGGAAAGAGCAGUUUCUUUCAUGCACAGUCUUCCUUGUAGAGUCAAGGUCAAAUGGCAGCUAUAUUGCAUGCAGUAGUCCAUUGUCUUGUGACUGACCAGUAGGCAAACACGUAUGAUGUAUGACUUAAUGCCAGAUGGGGAAGGGAUGUUGUUGAUCCUUGCCAGCCAUAUAACUGUUUCCUUGUCCGUGGUCUGAUCUUUGUGCCCCUCAAGUUUAACAGUUCCUCAGAGGCCGCUCCUGCAAACCCAAACCAGCUGUCUUGAGAAUCAAGCCCUUUCACCGCCAGUCCUUCUCCAGAUUAGUGAGCAUCAGUCUUCAUCAUGGAAGCUGAGCCUUUUUGAGUAGAGAUGAGGCUCCAGGCAUAAGGCUGUAAGGUGCUCAAGAUAUGUAUGAGAUUCAAGGUCACCUCAUUUAAUACAGAGCAAGGUGUGGACUUCAUCUGCUUCCGUACACAUGCCCAGCUCCCCCACAGAUGCAGAGUAGUGCUAUCUGCAUCGUCUUACAAGAUUCAGGCUUAACAUGUCAAAGAAGAAGAAUGUUAACUAUAUGUACAUGUGAAUGUGUAUCUCUCUGUGUAGUCUUUGUGCCUUAUCAGCAGGACACGCAGCAGAUGCUCUUGUACCACAAUGGAUGGGCAGCACUUUGAACACACACAAAGCCCUAUAAAUGAUAGGUGGUAUUAUUGCUGAGGACUCGCAAGUUCCAAUGUACUUGAACCAGAGGUCAGCUUCUUACACCUCUCUGCAGAGCCAUUUUAACCAGUUAAUUGUAACUUUAAAAUUCAACAAUCAAAACUAUUCAAUUGUGACUGUGUUAACGGUGCCCCAGCAUGUGUUCCACAGAAAUGUUGUGCAAGACCUAACUGAGGAAAGGCCAUAGCUCGGUGUCAGAGCACCUGUUCUGCAUGCAGAAGGCACCAGAUUCAAUCCCUGGCAUCUCCAGGGAGAGCUGGAAAAGAGCUGUCUCCGAAACCUGGGAGAGCUGCUGCCAGGUCAGUGUACGCAAUACUGACCAAUGAUAUAAGGCCUAUGUUCCUAAUUUUGAGCUGGGCAUAGAAACUGACAUCUUGUGAACUGUUUAAGAGAGCUAGUUUCUAACCCUGUAAAUAUGGAGUUGAUAGGUGUGUCAUCAAUGCUUUCGCCAAGUUGUGUGUGCAAGGGUGCAUGUACACAUGUGGGGGAGGACUCUGGGUGACCAGGAACAUGCCUCAGUACCAUAAGCAGUGCUUCUUCGUGACUAGCAGAAGCAGGGCAAAGUAUUCUAAAUAAGAAUCUGUUUGCAUCUGUUUACGACGCACAAAUUAGCCACCAGGCCUCCAUUUUGGCCUGUGGCUCGUGGUUCUUUCACUGUCAUGUGGACACAAGAACUGGGCACAUCUUUUAGCUUGACAAUACAUCAGCCUUGUAUUUAAGCAGAACCAGAAAUUGCACCCAGGUGAGUGAGUGGGCGAGUGGAGGAGGGAUAAAGCACAUUGUCCCUCUUCUGGGCCCAGCAUAGAAAUGGGACACUUUGUUUCUCUUUUGCCAGGCAUCAGCAGGCUAGGAUUAUUUUUUUUGUAAAACAUUUUUUAGCAGGCUAGUAACUUUGUGGGCUUUAUUUUACAACAUUGCAAACCGUAAUGGAGUAGUUUUGAUGCAGUGAAGAAAAGGAAACACUAUUUCCUGUACCUCUUCCUAAAGCCAUUUUCUGCCUCUCAAUAUUGAAAAGGAUGGCUAAUUUAUAAUCACUAGCAAGAGAAUUGCAGAUCCAAAUUGGUUGAAUUAUGGUCUUCCAUCUUUUCUUUUAGAAAAAGGCAUCUUAAGGAAUUUAAUAGACUUAACUGACUAAAAGAACUGGGCUCUUCAGACAUUCCUCUGCUGAGUCACUAUGACAGGGUACAAUACCCUCUCCCUCAGAAUGGGAUAGCAUGGUCCUACCUUGCAGGAGGGCUGAGAUCUCCUCUCAUUAAGUUGGGUUGCCAUAUUUCAAAAAGUAAAAACCAGGACACCCCGAAUGUUGAGCUUUUUCGAUUGACUUGCCUGAGAUCCAGGACAAAGCGCUCUCACUAUCUCAGAAUUGUGAGGGUGGUGAGCUGAGUUAACAGAACCUGUUCUUGAAACCUUGGACUUGCUUUCCAAAAUAUUGAGGUGACCGCUUGGCAUCCAGGGUCAUGGCUGUGUAUGGUUCUGCUGUUGUACUUGUGCAGCAGCAUUUACUCUUGCCCAUGAUUUGUUUGUGUGUUUAAUUCAUAUCUCGCCUUUCUUCCAUGGGCUCAAGGUGAGUGCCUGGCCUAAGGUUGCCCAGUGAUUUCGAGGCUGAGUGGGGAUUUGAAUCUUGGUCUCUCAGGUCCCAAUCUGAUACCUCUCUGCCCUGCAAGAAAAUUGUAUUUAGAAUGUUGGGUUAAAACCCUAAUGUGGAUCAUGGCACCCCUUCCCUGUUGGAUCAGUACUUCUUCUUUUGCCUUCCUGCAAUGAUACAUUUCGUUGUAUUCCAGCUCCCAUCAUACCUGACUGGAAGCCAUGCUGGCUAUGACUGUUGGGGGUUGGAGUGCAACAGCAACUGGAGGGCAUCGGGUUGGGGAAUUGUGCACUAAUGCAUUAAAAAAAGUAGUCUUGCAGGUGCUGCAUUGCAGAAUCAAUUGCUAAAAAAGCCUGGGAUCCUUUUGCUGUUGAGGAGACAGAGCCCCAAAGGAUGUUGCAAGAGAAAAAUAAAUGCAUCCAUUUACUCUUUGAGAUGCAUUUGGCUGGGCUGAGAUGCAAUCAGAGAGCUGCAUCCAUUCUCCUUCAUAGCUAAUAAUAAUAAUAAAUUAUGCAGCACACUUGCUUUGCAUUUGGGAUAGUUAUGAAUAAGAUAUUGGUCUCUGUGUGUGCGUUCUGGUGAACAAUUAGAAUAUUUGAAUAGUUACCCAUUUCAAGGCAAUUUGAUCCUGGGACACUGUUGUACUUGAAUCUUUUUCCCCCCAGCCUUGGAUUGCAAACUUAGUGGAUCUCAUUAGGAGAGAUAUUAUGGUUUCAGAGGUCUGGGUCCAAUGUAGCCAAGCCACGGAUAGGCCCUUGUGAGCAAAUGGUGGACCCCUUGGCUCUGUCUUCUUCCCUUGCACUCUCCACUUGCCUUCUUUCCUUCUUGCUUUGAGUCAACCAUAGUUUGCUUCCAGAACUGGAAUUAGAAAGAAAGCACAAUUUGAACUCAUAUUCCAGAUUUUGGUUGCUCAAAGCAAGGGAGGGAGGGGAUUUCGGCGGGUGAGUGGAGGAGGGAGAACGAAAGCCCAAAGUCUGUACACGGCUUGGCUGUGAUAUUUAAACUGGCCCGUUGUCUUGAGUCUUUCAUUGGGACACUGACCUGCCUCAAACAGAAUUAUUUGGUGGCUUGGAGGCUGCAUCUGCCCAUGGCAGUAGAAUGAGGAACUAACAUAUGCUGUUUCUUAGAGAUAGCCAAGUGAUGCCCUUCUGGUGUUGGUGCACUUCAACUCAUAUCAUCCUUGACCAUUGGCAACGCUUGCUGGGGCUGAUGGGAGUUGGAGUCCAACAACCAUGCAGUUGGCUUCCUGCUCCAUGUUAAUCCCUAAUGGAGACAUGCCACUUUUGCUUUUUAAAAUAAUCAACAGAGGAGAACAUGGGGGGGAGGAAUGAUCCCCGCCUGCAGCGCUUUUGUCGAUCCAUCCUACCGCCUUAUUCUGCUCCAUUUGUAGAGCAGUCCUGAGAUGCAGUUUGUUGAGAACCUUAAUUUAAAAAGCAUUUGUCUGGCUGAAAUUAUGGGACUAAAUCAUCAUUUUUUGAAAGCUCCAGGUAGCUCAUGAGUCAGUUUAUAAAUUUUUUAAUGUUUUAGGGUGAGGUGAUGAUUCAUGGUGUGAUUCUGGGCUAAGAGAUGCUACUUCUUGGAAAAGCAGGCCAGUGAAACUGGAAGUGUUGGUCCCAGUCAUGUUUUAAUUGGGGGUUGAUAUGGACCAUCUCUGGUUUGGAGUUGAUGCAAUACAUGUGUCAUGAAGCUCUUAAACAUGAUGACACAAUGGCCCAGACUUUGCUGCAUGGCAGUUAGGCAGCUGGUAACUUGGGAUCAACCCACCAUGUGAAAAACCUUGGCUUGAUGUUGUGUUUGUAUGGACUCUUAGGAAAACUAAAUUCGAGACCGGUUAGAAAUACUGGACUCCAAGCAGCUCCGUUAGAUGCCUGACACUCCUAGCCAGAAGUCUGGGUACUGUCCCUCAAGCAAUUAGGAAAUGUCCCUUGUUUGGAUGCAUUUCCUCUUACGCAAGGCAGCUUAAUUGUGUUUCCCACUAAACAGAAGCAAAGUUGACAACCUGCUUUUCCCAUCUCUCUCUCUCUCUUUUUCUCUGCAUUGGGAAUACACUGUGCUUCUGCACAAAGGCAGCUCUAGGCAGCCAUCCAGCUUUGUCCCAGCAACACGCACCCACACCAGCCAUCAUAACAUGCAGCUCUUUCCUGUGAUCCACCCCUUAUGUGCAGGCUGCUGUUGCUUCAGCUGGGAUGGCCUUAAUGCUUCUUUUUUUUACAGAACAGGUCUCUGGUGCUCAUGAAACAGACAUGGUGCAAUCCCAUCUCACAGCAUCUUUUCCCACCACAUUAAAGCAACUUGGAAGGGCGGUGGACAUACAGAUUUUGAUAGGAGAAGCGACGUUGGGGAGAUGGGGUGCUCUUGUACUCUUUUCCAACACGCAUGAGCUGCUGUUGUGUCAGCUAGGAAGUGGAAGAAGGCAGGUCUAAGACUAGUACCUGUCUUUCUCCCUCUUCCUCCCCACCCAAAGCAUGUCCAGCGUAAUUUUUAGGAGAGUAAAAGAAAGGGUUUUUUUAAAAAAAGAAAAAAGUGAGAGACAGUGCUCAGAUCAAAAUCUGAGCUGCUUCUCUGUAGCUUUUCAAGCUUUGUUUCUGUUUUUUAAAAAGAAAAGCUACAAUCACGCUUCUUAAUGAAGUGAUCCCCAGUAUACCUGGGAGUGGUACUUCUAAAGGUCAUCAUUACUCAGUCUUCAAUUGAUGUGAAAUGAAGGGAGGGAGGUGGUGUGGUAUACGUUCCAUGAUGUGAAUCUGUACCAACCACAAACUUCCUACGGCCAGGCCUCUAGCCAGGAAUGUUGCAGUGAAAUGGGGUGGGGAAGUAUCAGUGCAACACAGCUGGAAACUAAAUAUAGGUAGCCUGUUAUGCUUAUAGCUGUGCAUUUGUAUAAACAGUAAAUUCCAAUUGCUUCUUAGUUACCCCAAGGACUCGACACCCGUUGGCCAGAACGCUGGUGGGUGGGAACAGGGCAGCUUCUUACUGAGCAUUUGGAUAGAAUUCUGCCUGCAGGGUCCCCCCCCCCAAACAAAAGAACUAGAGACUGCUUUAAAAUUAAAGCUGAAUGUUCAGGGAGGAGAUGUAAAAUUUUCCUAAUUUCAUCAAGCAGAGAAGAUUCUGUGGAUAGCGGAGAAGACUUCUGCCACAUUGAUGGCCCCUGAAAGAAUAGGUGUAGAUUUCUCUGACAUUAUUAUAUUGGUGGCAGCCUUGUCAUAAGACUACAUGAAUCUUACCACCAACAUGUGAUUGAUUUGCCUUAUUUACACAUUUAUAUGCAACCUAUUUACUGCCUCCAUCACAUCCUCAAGUAGCUGUCCAGCAGAGCUGUUCUGUGUUGUGCAGGCUUUGCUGACACCCUCAGAGGCCUGCUAUGACUUUCUGCUGCCCACGUGUGAGGCUCAUGAGAGGCCUUGCAUGACUCACCAGCAGAUCCAGAGCCACCAUUUAUUUGAAGACCAGUGGUUUAAGGAUUCUUGUUUAUAACCCAGCUUUGUUGUUUAGAUAGCGCCUACAGCUGGGCCUUGGGGUAUGUCUUCUCUCAUGUGAAUCUCCUCCAGUUCUGAGUGAUGCUGUGGUAAAAGUACAGACUCAUAUGGAUGGCAGAUCAGCUUCCACAAGAAGCAAGGCUUCCUCAGUUGUGGCUCCAGUGUGUCAUGGUCAUUUGUUAUGGUUGUCCUGUCAUUUUCCCCCCAGUGGAAGGUGAAGGCAUUUCUCUUUUUGCCAUUCCUUUGGGGAGCUAUGUCCGUUGAGAGUGUUCUGCUACAGUGCUUAUUUUCCUUAAUUUUGUUUUACUUUCAAUUAAGUGGUAUUACAUUAUUAUUACUACUACAUCUAAGGGAUAUAUUUUUUUCUGCCUCAAAAAAAAAAGAAAAGAAAAAACAAUUGUGGGAGGGAAUCAAUUGCAUUGUGGUCCUAAGAUUGUCCUAUGACUGUCUUGUUUGUUAACUUGAACUCUGCAAGUAGCAAAUGUUUCUUAAACCAGAAAAACAAGUUAGAAGAUUCUGGAGGAAAAGAAAUAUGUGAAAACGAAACAAAAGUAAGCUGGGGGGGAGUGUAAAUUGGUGAGGGGAGAGUUAGUGGCCAAGAAUGUGAUUUGUGAUGCCCCAGCCACAAAUAUCCUAGAUGUACCUUGACAAGCUAUUUUUUCAGCUUCCUCACCGGCUCUAUCUACAUUGAGGAUUUAAUCAUGGUCUACUUGGUGGAGGUUGUAAAGACUACUGAGAUGACGUAAGAAGCAAUUUGAACGCUAAUGAUAUAAAUGCUGGACUUGAUAGCUGUACAAAGGCUAACUACUGCCCACUAGUAGUAAUCUGCACUUUUAAUGAAGAUUCAACCUUUUUUUAGGAGGUUAAUAUCUUUGCACUUGAUGACAGUCAAUAAAUCUUAAAAUGGUUUUCAGACCAUUUUGUGAUCUUUAAACACAGCCCUGGACAAUCAGAAAAACUGACCAUAUGUUUUGGGAAUGGCGUUAAAGCUUGGAGUAGCUUGUGCUUUUUAAGCUUACUACAUUGGUCUGUGCUCGGAUUAUUUAAAUGUUUUAUUAGAUGCUUUAGAUCUUUGUAGUUCUUUUGGGGGGGCCCCUCCGCUGGGUAGAAAGACAAUGGUACAAAUAUGAAAGAAUGAUAAGGAAUAUGUCUGUAACUUGACCUGUUUUGCCUUGUGCUGUUCUCUGUCAAGGUCUAUCUUGUCAUAGGUAGAAAAAUGCUUUGUUGUUCAUUGUUUUGGUGUUGUUGUUUUUUUUUUAAAAAAACCGAUAUUGUUUCCAUGGUUUUUCAGCACAGUUGCUUUUUCUCAAUGCAAAUCCCAGCUUGGGAUCCGCUCAGGCUACCUCAGAAAGGCCUCCACAAAGAACCAUCUAGAACUCUGCAAUUAUGCUCUGGCUGUGCACGCAAGCCUCUUGCAAGGUCUGAUAAAUCAAAAUAAAGAUUCCUUUGAAAGCUUAAUCCUGUGGGCAAAUGACACUAAAUAGCCCUAUUGGCAGAACAGCUGGGAACGGAGGAGUGAUUGAUAAGGGGGGCCAGGGGCUUUUCAUUCAUUUAUUCUACCAGUGCAUCUCUUCCCCCACCCCGAGCCUUGUUCUCUCCUGCACAACAUCGGGCUGUAGCUAGGGAAUGCAUUUGCCAGUUGCUUCACAAUGCACCUCUUUUAAAAGAGGGAGACCCCUGGUGCAAAUUGUAACUUGUCAUCUAUGGUCUGCAUAGAGCUGCUGUUCAUUGUUGCUAAAUAAGCUCCGGUGUUGAAAUUUUCCCCUUGCGGAGGGGUGUUUGGGCAGGGAUAAGCAUGAGAAGCAACUGGCGAGAGCCUCCUCCCUUUCUUUUUUCCCCUAAGGAAAUAUUGCCAAUACCAGUUCCCAGCCUGGCAUGUCAGGUUUUCAAGCUUGUUCUCUCUCUUUUCUGUACAGUUACUCUGGAAAAUAUGAGUCAUCUACCAAGGUCUGUGAUAGAGUGGAUAAACUGGUUUUGUCAUGUACAGUUUCCAGGCUAUAGUUCUAGCCUUAAGCAGACUGCAGAAUGUGAGAUUCCUUAGGUAUGGGUUGGACACAAUCCUUUUUGGCAAUUCCACACUGAACCUCAAGUUUCAUGUACCGUAGUCCAUGAGAGACAAUCACUUCUCAAAGAUGUGUGUUAGAAACCGCACUUUCAGAUACUUUGCGAUGCAUCCGAUUAAACCCUACUCAGAGUAAACCAGUUGAAAUCAAUGAACUUGUUAUUGAUGAUCAUUGAUUUCAACGGCUUCUUUGGAUACAACCCUUGUAACACUUAUCCUUGUUGGCCAUAGAUUAUAUUUAUUAAAACGUAUGUAGCCUGCCUUUCAGGAAAAAUCUUACAACAGCUAAUGUAAUUAGUAAAAAAAAAAUAUAAUACAAAAAGCAUAUGUCCUGUAAAAAUUUGUUGCAGCAGCUAAUUAUAGUGUGUGCUAAAACUACAAAUUGAAACAGUUUUGGUAGGAGAAAACCUUUGAGGGGGGAGCAGCCAUGCCCAGGCACCUGGAAACCAUUAAAGAAGGCGCAAGACCCCUGCCCCCUCUCUAUAGCUCCCAGUUUGCAGUUAGAAGGGCGGGAAGUGCCACACAAUGCAGAAACAGGUGUGUUCGUGAGUGUCUGUGUCCAUGUUCCAAGCCAGCUUGGAGCUGGAGUGUGGAAGAUGGAGGCUUGCUUUGACUGGCUGCAUUUGUCAGCUGUCCCAUGCAUGUAUGUGUGCCGCCUCCUCCCUGUUCCAGCUCUGAGCUCAAGGACAAAGGGAAGCUCAUAUUGCCAAAUCAAAUCCCUUGCUUCCUCUGAACCUUUGGCUGGGGGAGCAGGUGGGAAUCCUCUGCCCCACUGGCAGUGAGGUUGCGAGGAAGCCUGGGGCUCAUCACACUUGCCCAAGGGCCAAGGGCUAUCUGAAUGCAUGCCUUGGCAAGUAAAAUUGUGGAGCUCAACCAUGGUUUGGAUGCUAAGGUAUGGUUAGUACAGACCAACCUUCCCCAACCUGGUGCCCCGCAGAUGUUCUGAACUCACCAGCUCCCAUCAGUCCAGCCAACAUGGCCAAUGGCUAGGGUUAAUAAGAGUUGGGAGUUCAGAACAUCUGGAGGGCACUAGGUUGGGGAAGGCAGAUGUGAAUCAUGGCUUGGCAUAAAGAACUCUAAUACGUAAACAUUUCUGUCUUUCCCAGCAAGAAGGGGAUGUUGGGCUUGGGCAACGGAGCUGUUUUCUGGUUAGAUGCUGGCUGUGAAUGGAGGUGUGAGAAGCACAGAAAGCAAAAUGACAGCAAAGGGUGUGACGUGAUUAGAGAGAGAAGAAUCAGCAAUAAGUGAGGGAUGCGUUUUGAGGCUCUUGACUGCAGAUUCUGGUAGCAUAACUGAUAGUAUGUUUUGAUAUGUAUUGUGUGUUUUAGAAAGAGUUUGAGUAAGGGUUCAGACGGGUUUCAGUGGCUUGGCAAAAUUCCUCUACCUAUUUUUAUAAGGAAGUUGAAUUCAUUUCUUACUAACAUUGCAUUGAAAGCCAGUGCAGGAAAGCUGGCACGGCGAAGCUAAUUUUGUCAUUCCUGCUGCAUCCAGGUACUCAACUUCGGGAGCUGCAGGAAAUGAUCUAGUAACCAGACUCUGACAGGGGCCACAUUGGCUGCCCAAAAUGGGGUUGACCAGUUUUCUCUCUCUAAAGUCUCAUUUAAGCAGUUGCCAAAAGCCUUCCAAUUACCCUGAAGUGUAGCUAGUUGCUUGUUACAUACCUGUUCUUUUCCUGGCAUUUCAAGCAAGAAAAAGAAAAAUCAGAAGGAAAAAAGUGUGUUGUAGGUAUUGUCGUGUGACGAGGUUAUCCUUUUCCCUUCUUAAGCAGAUGGAUAAUAUCCUUCAGUUUGGCUUUGCUGUCGUAGAAACUUCAUAAAACUUUGCAGCCAGGUGAGUGAGUAGCUACUGAUCUUUCCUCAGCCCCUCUCCCGUGGCCCAGGUACAGCUGAGACAUCUGGAACUACAAAGCUGCUGUAAUGUUUGUUUUUUCCUCCUUUCCAAGGUCAUCAAGUCUCAUCCUAUGUAUUUUCCUUUCAGAUUCCUUUGUUUCUUCCUCUCAGCCUGUCUCUCUCUUUUCGACCUCACAAGGCAAGUCUGUCAUUUUUCUUGUACCCCUGCUAAAAGAAAAAUGUUGCAAAAGAGGCUGUAACUGGGAGCAGGAUAAGGUUCAUCUCUUUCAAUUAUCCCACACAUCCUCUAGCUAGCUCCAUAACAGCUUGUUGGGUUAUAGUCAACAGAGGUUCAUUCAUGGCCUAGUAUACGGUAGUUGGUGUCUAUCUUCCCAUUACUAUUUCUAGCAAGGUGUAGCGUUAAACUCUUGUCUGUGUUAAAGGUGCAGUCUUGAAACCACCAUAUUUGCUAAAAGUACAUGGAUUAUUGUUCAGUGAAACAAUAUAUCUUUCAGGGAGAGUGGGGGCUUGGUUGCCCCAUCUGUGAAGGGGCAAAAUUUUAGAUCAAAAACUUCUUCAGAUCGUGAAGUUUCAGGAGUUUAAGUUUAGAAAGGAACUACAAUCUCAGUAUGGCUCCAGUAGGCCUCUCCAAGGCGUUGUGACAUGUUUCACAAAAUAAAUCUCCUUUGCUCAAGUUAAUGAUAAUCAACAGAACAGCCAUACCCUUAUGUAGUUGUCUGUUUGGAUAGUAUUGCAUCCUAGGCUACUGGUUUUCAAACUCUGCUCUAGGGUACUCAACAGGUACCUCUGAGUGGUCAGCAAUAGUAGUAAGCAACUUCCUGAAGUCCAGCUUGGCUGUGCUUAACAAUCUUCCCAUGUGAUGUGUGGCUGUAAGGGAGAGUUGAGCAUGCACUUGGUUACAUAUGUCACAAGGGGGGCAGUGAGGUCCAACAGACCUGCCCGGUGCCCUGUAAGUGGGGUACGCUUGACAGAUCAUGCACAAUGGCUCCCAUAGAAGAUGCUCCAGUAUGUACUUUGCAGACAGGCUGGUGGCCUGUAGUGGUACAAAGUUUGGAAAAUUGCUGUCCUGGACUCUCUGCUAAAGUGAAUGAAUGGAAACUCUUUCCAGCUUGCAUGCCUUUGGCAGCAGAUAGUUUGGUGCUGGCAGUGUUGAUGUGGGUUUCCUUCGCAGUCAUACAAAGUCUGUUAGAAGGAAUGGUGGGACCUGCCUUUGUUGGGAAGGAGGUGUGUGAUGUACCAGGAAGAUGCUGGUAGGGAAGGUGCUGAAGAGUUGAUAAUUCUCUUGGCUCUUUAAUACAGUUGGUGAGGAGGGUAUGGAUAGGCUUAUUAGGUAAAGGUAAAGGGACCCCUGACCAUUAGGUCCAGUCGUGACCGACUCUGGGGUUGCGUGCUCAUCUCGUUCUAUAGGCCAAGGGAGCCAGCGUUUGUCCACAGACAGCUUCUGGGUCAUGUGGCCAGCAUGACUAAGCCGCUUCUGGCGAACCAGAGCAGUGCAUGGAAACGCCAUUUACCUUCCCACAGGAGCAGUCCCUAUUUAUCUACUUGCACUUUGACGUGCUUUCGAACUACUAGGUUGGCAGGAGCUGGGACCUAGCAACGGGAGCUCACCCCGUCCCGGGGAUUCGAACCACUGACCUUCUGAUCUGCAAGUCCUAGGCUCUGUGGUUUAACCCUCAGCGCCACCCGCGUCCCUACAUAUUAUGUAUGUUACUUAAUAAGGGAGGGUCGAUAACUCCAUGGUGAAGCUCAUGCUUUGCAUACCAGAGAUCUCACAUUUGAUCCUUGGCAUCUCCAGUUGAAGGGAUCUGGGAGAGCUGUUGCCAAUUUGAGUAGACAUUAUCGGACUAGAUGGACCAUAUGGUCAGAUUUCCUAUGGCAGCUUUAAAUAACAAGACCAGGUAAGAAGGAAUUUGAAGAUAACUUGAUCCAGAGAUGGGAAACCCGUGGCUCUCCAGAUGUUGGUGGACUACAUUUCCCAUCAGCCCAAACCAUCAUGGCCAAUGAUCGGGAUGAUGGCAGUUGUAGUCCAGCAACAUCUGGAAAGCCACCAGUUCCCCAUACCUUAUUCCAUGACAAAGCAAAUAGUAGGCUCCAAUUGCAAUGAAACAAAAUUUCUGUGUUUCCCGCCCUUAAUGUUUCUCAGAGAAGUCACAUGAAUAAUGGUGCUGAUGUCUGUCUUCAACAGGAUUCAGAAUCUCACAUCUUACCUUCCAUUAGGUGAAUUUUCACCUCCAUGGAACUCUUUAUAUGCCAAGUUACCUCGCAGAGGAUGCCGGGUGUUGGCCAGGCUUAGUGGACCCCUAACCAUUGGUCCAUAGUCAGCCUUCCCCACCCUGGUGCCCUCCAAAUAUUUAGGACUCCCAAGUUGCAACUAAUUGGCCAUGCUGGCAGGGGCUCCUAGGGUAGUAGUUUUAAGAGGGCUCCAGAUGGAGGAAAGUUGGCCCACAUAAACAGAAUUGUGCCCUAGAAUAGCUUGCCUAGUAGGCAACUAAGAAUUCCAUUUGGGCGGUUCGGUUUCUGUGCUAAGUGCAGAGGAAGAAAAGCUCCUUUCUUCAUGACCAGUAUAGAAAUGCAAAGGGGGCUGGCAAAGAAGAACAGUUCGCUAGGUAGCCAGUCAGUGUGGUAGAAGGUUACCUCCUCCUUAAGUCUACAAAGAGGCAGAAGGCCAUGCUUCUAUGCAGGCCAUGCAGGAUGGGCCUACCCCUCUUCUACUGCCAGCAUGAAAAUGCAGGCCUCAUGGCAGGCUAAUAAUUUUAGUGAGCUUAUUUACAAACCUGUGCUAGAAACACACACACACACACACACACACACAUCACAUUCACCUGUGACUUUACAUUACAUGAGAAGACUACUAGUAGCAUAUGAUCUGACAAAGUUUGUCUGCCAGUCCUGAUCUUCUCACUGAGGAGCCCCAGGGCUCCCCAGAACACAAUUUGGAUAAAACCACUCCCCAUGACCAUUAGUAGAGGUAGAAACUUAGGACCUGCAUCCAGGAGUGUGGAAUCUACAGCCCUCCAGCAGUUGUUGAAUUGCACUUCCCAUCUUUCUUGGUUCUUGGCCAUGCUUUGGAGGGCUGAAGGGUGUUGGAGCGUAAAAACAUCUGUAGGGACCACAGGUUCCCCACCUCGAGCAACACAGCAUUUCAGGCAAGGCCUUAGAAGUUCACGCUGGCUUAGGUUUGCUCCCACUGCCAGCACAGGUUGGCCCAGUGAAAAGUGGUAGCCAUUUCCGCCCCCAGAGCUAGCUAUUUGCUGAUGGAGGGUUCGGGUUUGAAAUGUUGGCUGCUUUUUGAUUUGCUAAAACACCCACAGUUGUGACUUGCUAUAAGCACCGUAUGAGCAUGUUGACACGCCAAGGUGCAAGCCAGGUGUGAUCUUGAGAAUCAGGUUGCAAUUCAUUCCUCUUCAGCAACACUCCUGGUGGUGUUGUUGUCAGUCCAGCAUUUUGCCUUGCAUCACCCCAUUGGCACCCAUUUCAUCACUGUUACCGCUACACCCGAUACUGUGGAUUAUUGUCCACUGCGUCAUGCAGCUGGAAGGGAGUGUUGGCUGUCAAGAUAUAUCCUAACCACCCCAGUUGAGACCAGAGCAGGCCUCGGCAUUGCCCUGGCCAAUCAGCAUCUUGUUUCCAAACAGUGUCCUGCUAGAUGUCACUACCACAAGGGUAGCCAACCUGUGACUCUCCAGAUUUUGGACCACAGCUCCCAUCAUCCCUGACCUUUGAUCAUUGUGGCUGGGCUUGCCAGAAGUUGGGAGUCCCAACAAAAUCCAGUGGGCACCAUGUUGGCCUAUUCUAGAACAGGAAUAGGGAAUCUGUGGCCUUCCAGAUGUUCUUCGUCUCCCAACUCUAGUCAGCCGCAGCUGGCUUAGCCAGCAGUAGAGUCCAGCAACAUCUGGAGGGCCAGAGGGUUCCCCAACCCUGUGGGGCCCUUUUAUUUGUCCUUAGCAUUCAGGGGGUAGACUGAAAUGAUUUAGACAUCUGAAUUGCUUUCAGCCCCGGAAUAGGAAGCUGCUACAAUGAAAGACAUUUGGGGCAAACAGCAGCAAACCAGUUACAGCCUUUUUUGUAAACAACAACAAAAAACAUUUUUCUUCUCACUCCCCCCCUUCUAAUACUUAAAGUUCCCUCGAGACCUAGCUUGGCUGCAAAGUCCUGGCUGAUUUCCUUAUCUUGGUGCUGUGGCUUAUCACGUGCUAUUUCUAUGGCUGCUUCUGCACGCUGUGUUUUUCUUUCUCUCUCUCUCUCUUGAAGAGCUUCACCUUUGUCUGUGUAAACUUGCUUUUUGAAGAAACCAAGCACUCGCCAGUUCGAUUUGGCAGGCAAAAAAUGGAGGUGUGGGGUGGCAAUGGCAGUAAAGCAUGCAGGCGACUAAAAUUUCUGGGCAAGAUGCUUAGUCAGGAGGGGCUCUAGGGCAUGUGCUGGUAAAGAAAUCCUGACUCUGAUCCAAAAAUCCUCCUUGAUUCUGCAAUGGAAACAAUUCAUGUAAAUUUGAUUAAACUGGAAAAAAAAUCUGAGGGCUUAUUCUUGGUUAGCAGAAUCAAGGUAGUAUUUGGGUUUUGUUUUUCCAAGGGAUGAUGUGGAAGAUAGGUAAGGUGGUUAGGGGUGCAGUGACAUAACCAGAUAUUAUGGCAAAUUCUGAUGUUACAGCCAGACUAUGUCUCAGGUUCACCCACUCUUUUUCCCUCUCCUCCCACAUGACCAGAUUCCUCGCAUUCUCGCUUUGUGAAUCACAACAACUAAUUUGCCAUGACAUCUUACUUGCACAAGCUAUGGGCAAUUUGCCUCCAAACUAGAAUUGGAAACCUUGGUUUGAACUGAUUUCUGGCCUUCAGGUAAGCUAUGGUUUGGUGAUGACCGUAGCUUACUCCAUUUUGGACAUAACAACAAACCAUGGUUAUUGUAAAUUGAACAGUCAGAGGGGGAAUCAGGAUUGCAGAAGGGAAUUUGUGAGCCCAGGUCACAGCUCUGGCAACUAAAUUGUAAUAUAGCCAUGACUAUUGUAAAGAGAUUGGACAGCUUGGAGCCCCUUUCAAAUCUGUUCCUGUUUUGGAACCUUUAACCCACUGGUUUUCAGGCUCCCUACCCUCCACAAAGGCUCUCCACCCUUAUUAGUCAACUGAGGAACCAUUGUAUAUUCCAAAAGAUUCUAAAGCACACUCAAUAUACUCAUGGCACCUACUGGGCCUAGAAUGUGUCCAAACACGUCUCUGAGUAUUGCAGUGGGAAAAGCUUGUUCCUAAUUAAGGACCCCCUAAUUAAGGAUACCCUAAUGAGGAUAUCACAGCUGUCUGGCACACUGUUGGAAAGCCACUGCUUUAAUUUGAUAGUAGCAAUCACAAGAUCUGCUUUUAUUUAAAAGCUAGGGAAAAAAGAGCUGGAAAUGUGUGUUUGAAAACUGAAAAGGUAGAGAAUUUCUGUUUUAAUCAAGGCAAAAACUACUACACUGUACCCUUAUGUAAGGAGCCCUCUUGUUGUUAAGCCAAGGUCUGUUGCAGCAUGUCUAUUUUGAGUAAAAGUUAGUUGAAUUCUAGCCAGAGAUGAUGUCCAGGUGCUGGGUGACUUAAUUAGUGUAGAUUGAAAUAGAUUGAAAUGAUUUGCAGGUGGUUUUUGUUUUGUUUCCAAGUUAGGCAGGCUGCUGUCCUCUGGGCCUGACUUAAAGCUGAUGUUGAAAAUCUGAGGUGCAAAUACGUUGUGCUACCUGGUCUUGCUAAUCCAUGUCUCUUUCAUUGUGUGUCUUGUUGGGUCCAGCAGGACAAUGGAGAUAGAACAUACCCUAUGUCUUUCUUUUCAGAAUGGCCUGAGGGAGAUCUCUGAGAAUAAUUCCACUCUUCGUAAGGCUACUGACUAACGGGGUAACCCCCACAAAAAAUUAGAAAACUGCCUUAUUGCAGCCUUCCCCAGCCUCAUGUACUCCUGUUGCUGGACUUCCAACUCCCAUCACCACCAGUGAAUAUAGUGGAUGGUUGCGGAUUACAGGAGUUGGACAGCCAAAAACUAAUGGAGGGCACCAGGUUGGGGACAGUUGCCUUUAUUGAAGCAGAGCCCUUGGUGCAUCUACCUUGGUACACUCUACUAUGGCAUCUGUCCAAGCAAGGUUCCUAUUUCUCUCCAUGGAGAAUGCCAGAGGUUGAUCUUGGACCUUUUACAUACAGUGAGCAUUCUGCUACUGAGUUGUAGGCACUCCUGCAAGUUAAAGAACGUUGAUGAAGUUGUCUUAUACCAAGUCUACCUAUUGGUCUACCUAAUUCUGUGUUGUCUACUCGGAUGGGCAGUGCCUCUUCAAGAUCCUCAGGAAAUGGUCUUCUUGGCCUUGCUACCAGAAUCCUUGGAACUGGAAAUGCUUGGGAUUUAACCUAGGCUCUUCUGUGUGCAGAAUGCAAAUUACCACUGAGAUGGGCAUUUAAAUGCCAUCAAGGAGCGGUCAAUUCUGAGGGUACUGAGACUUACACUAUUCGAAAGUAGAUGGUAAUAAGAGUUUUGAGCUCCGUCAAGUUUGUGAGUAAAUUCCCUGCUUCUGCUCAGUGUAGUUGCCUUAAAACCAAAAUUUCACCUGACUAAUCUGUGUGCUUCUCUUGAGCAUUAAGACGUUAUUCAGGCUCUCCUUGGCUGUAACUGGUGUGCCUGCCAGGCUUGUAGUUGGAGGUGAAGAGGAGCACCUAUAGGCAUGCAGUUGUUUUUAAGGCUGAGCUGUCUCAGGCAAGUGGCAUUGAAGUUUUACAUCACAUCUGCUGUAUUGGAACCUUGUUCUGUUCCUCCAUGGCAUGAUCUUCAGACAGUUCCUCAAGAAGACCAGAACUGGGCAUUGGGCUUCCCUGAAGCACAGCUUGCCUAUUACUACUGACCUUCCCCAGCAGGUAUGCUCGUGACCUUCAACCUUUUCAAAUCUGGGACCCAACUUAAGCCUUCAGCUGCAACAUGGGCCCCAGCUUUAAGUUAAGGUGUAUAUAUCCCUCCCUCGCUCGCUUCCCCAUUGGCAUACUUUACACAUCAGACAUACUGGUUUGCCAUUCUGCCUCUCUAGAAAAUCCUGGGAAUUGCAAUUUGGUGGGGUGGGGAGUCUGUAACACUCCUUAGCGCCCUACAGUUCCCAUCAGCGGGUGGCAGAUAAGAAGUUUUGAUAGAUUAACCAACUACUAGAACUAGUAGUGUAGGCCAAGGUUUCCCAAACUUUGGUCAUCAGCUGUUGUGGGACUCCAACACCCAUCAUCCCAUGGUAGCUAGGAAUGAUGGGAUUUUCCAAGUUUGGGAAACCCUGGUAUAGGCAUACCCUCAUUCUUUCUCUUUCUUACUGUUUUAAAUUGUUGCGCUGCCACCGGCACACAUGCACCAUGGGGUCUGUCCACCAACCCCAGUAGAUCAGGGGAGGGCAGCCUAUUUUCUGCUGGGCCACACUCCCUUGGAAGUAGAAUGGGGACGAUAGAAGAGUCAUUUGGUAGGCAGGGCAGACCCAGAAAGUAGGCGGGGUCAGAGCUAAAAGUGAAUGGAGCCAUUCCACUUCUUCUCUGUCCUUCUGCCACCCCAUUUCCCCCUGCCUUCUUGCCACCUACGGCCACCUAUGACUCUUCCAGUGUUAGAAACUAGGAUAGAAAAGCUAUUUGCCACAUGGCUUCUGGAACCUAUGUUAUGGGCACAAAAACAAAGUCAAGUCACCUUUGCAUGGGUAACUCGCGCUACACAGCAGCAAGCCUACUUUGGAGUCAGCUGGGAAGGAAUUUCUCCUCCUAUGCCCUCAGCACCAGCGGCAGCAAUUUUAUUCUUGAGUCUCCAUCACCAUGCAUGGUGACAAGACUUCUCAAAGUGCUCGCAUUCUGACAAUCCCCAGUCACAAAAUGUGCCUGGCACCUGGCUAAUUUUGAACACUGGACUCAUUAGCUUUAGGUUGCUUGCCCCUGCACUAGAUAGUGGGUUGACAGACUCAACAGGCUUAUGCAUCAUCACAGGGACUCUUCGGCAUACCUGUGACCCAGGGUAGUCUUGCAUGGAAGCGAGUUGUUUUGAAAUCAGUGAGAUGGCAUGAAGAUGUGAGAAUAGCCGUUCCAUGUUUCAGGAGCGUGUUUCUUUGAUGCAAUCAAGGCAGUGGCUAAAAUGUUUCAGUAGAGAGUCCUGUGCCCAGAUGGUCCUCUUUCAAGAAAACAAGCUGUCCUCAGGACUUCCUUCCUAGAGCAUGUCCUCCCUGGCUAAAUUCAGAAUACAGUAUAGUAGCACUCCCUUUAGGCACUCCCAUGAAAAGUUUCAACUGUCCCCUGACCUUUCAUGGUUUGAGACUGGAUGGAUGAAGUCAUAACCGUGAUAUGUUUCGUGAAGCAAGAAGGGGACAUGUUCAUGUUCAUUAACGAGGAUUUCUUCCCUGCCUUUUUGUCGUUAAGGGCACUUAAGGUGGCUCUAUGAGGAUAAUGAGCAGGAGAAAUGAACACCCUUCCCGUCUAGAUUCUGUACACAAAGGGGAGAUUUCUGCUGUGGACUUCCAACCAUUAGUCCAGAAUGCAGCUCUUCAGAAGCUCACUUGUGGAUGAUGCCUUCUGGCUGUAAUAUUACACUUGUCCAAGAAAUAGCCUGUCACGGUUCCAGCUUUAUUUUCCCAUGGCAUUCUAAGUGUUGGGUGACUGAGAAGAAAAAUCCACUGAGUAACUGAAACUCGGUUCUAUUGCAAUAUGUGGGCUGGUGCCCUUAGGCUCUUGGCACACCCCUCCAGUGCCUUUCUCAACCAUUGCCCCAAGCCUAAGGAGUGGUUCCCAGUAUUGCUCUGUCGUGUCAACCCAGUCCAGAAGCAUUGGUAGAAUUACCCAUCUUAGGGCUCUCUGACACCUAGAAAGGACAGGAUAGCUCAGUCAAGGCAGAGGGCACACAACAUCCAUAGGAAGGAUAUAGUCAGAUCUUAGGUGCACCUAGCCUCGUGGUGUUAAUACUCUCCUGAGUUCCAUAGAGGGGUCUUUCCCAGUACAGCCUCUUUAUCACAGCUAUACAUUUGUAGAGUUGGAAGGGACCAUGAGGAUCAUCUAGUCCAAACCCCUGUAAUGCGGGAAUAUUUCACCCAACGUGGGGUUCAAACCCACAACCCUGAUAUUAAGAGUCUCAUGCUCUACAGGCUGAGCUGUCCCUCAGGACAUGAUGCCUGGGGUUGAUCCCAAGACCUUCUGCAUGCAAAGCAUGUGGUCUCCUGCUGAGCUACAGUCUCUCUCCAGUUCCCUCUAUUACUUGAUGUGACAGUAGUUGCUCUGUCCUGUGCAAGCAGCACAGGCUGUUGCAAACUAGUAAAACAUGCCAUUCUUGUAAAGCUUCAGAGUUCCUAGACACUUUGCUCAAGAAGCCCCUCCAAACAUUUGACAGCUUAUCAGAACUGGGGUGCAUCUCCCUGCAGCCAUGCCAGCCUGUAAGCAACCAGCAUCAUUCUGUUUACAUGCACUAAUUUGGGUUACUUCUAUUCAUCCACCCGGCAUGCUCACCAUUGCACACUUAGAUAUUUUAUUUUAUUUUAGCUGACCUGAGCUCUUCAUCUGCUAUGAACUUAACUGUUGGUGGCUUUUAUGUUCCUGUGGAUCAUAAUUCCCCUGUGAAGUGGCUCCCUUGUGAAGUCCUAUGGGUGCCAGUCUCUUGCAUGUUUGCCAAGGCAGAUGUUUCGGAGUCUUGUCUCCCUAGUUCUAAGAGCAUGUUGCCUGCUUGACUGUGAAAUCUGUGACUGCUGCUCUUUCCCUUUUAUCCCGUUUGUAAAAUGGGGGCCCCUAGAUGGGUCUGUGUCUCUUCUUCCAUGUGUCCCAACAACUUGGGCUUCCAAGGUUGCAAUUUCCUUCCUCCCCUGUGUUCUCUUGAUCAGCUGGAGCUCAAGCUGCUUUUUUAGCAUAUUCAGGAAACCAGAGGGAAAGAAAUGGCAAAUCCGCACCCUCAGAUGUAGGAAAAGAAUUCGUAGAUGGCCAAAGUCAGGACCACAUCUAUGGGACCAGUGAAGGUUUGGGAGCAGGGCCAGUCUCUGUAGGAUCCACUGGCCUAGAGGAGUCGUCUCUCUCUGUUGGAUCCAAAGUUCACAUCUGUGACCCGGUGGUACAAGCUUCUUCCUUGACUCAUAAUGACUUUAAGGGAGGUGUUGCCCUAGAUGGAAAAGUUGAGCUGAGUAAAUGUGACCAACACAAAAAACCAGCUUCAAGUGGAGAGUCCAAAUUAGCUUUGCUAACCAACCCAAAAGACGAACCCGAGCACUCUCCACCCAGAGUUGCCUACUCUCAUUCCCCAACAUCCCCAGUGGUAGCUGGUGAGGCCGUUGUGGAAAAAGAUUCCCCUGAGUCUCCAUUCGAGGUCAUUGCUGACAGACUGGAAUUUGAUAAGGAAUUCAAAGAUGUCCUUGCGAGCAACUCCAGUGAUAUCAGUAGCAACUGGGUAAUGCACAACGAAAGGGAGCUCCUCACAGACAUCCCAGAAGACAGCGUGUGUGAGUUUCAAGUGAAGCCACGGGGCGGGAGCCGAAUUCCACCGGGGCCUGGCCUCUCACGCCAGUCUUCAGGCACAACAGCAGCACUGGAAGAAGUGUCCAAAUGUGUCCGUGACUUGCACAGCUUCACGAGCGAGCUGCUCAACUGGGAUAUGAUUCCUAAGGAUCUGGAGGACAAGCCUGAUGACUUUGGCAGCUCGGGCUUCUUGCCAUCGCCUACCCGAGAUUCAAAUGGUGUCGCUGCUGGGUCGGUAGGUGGCAAAGUGGAAGCGAGCAAAGCUUCCAGCCCUCACCAGCCCCUCAAAAUCAGCAUCCACCAAAAAGACCGUCCAUCUCCAGUGGAGAAGGAUGAGAAGCAGGCCAUAGUCGGUCGUGAGGUAUCUGUUGUGAAAGUCAUUCCCACCGCUGCAGCAGAGCCGAAGGCAGAUGUCCGCUGGCCAAAUUCCAGCCUACCCGAAAUGGCUGAUGCUGACAGCUCUGGGGAGUCGGACGACACUGUCAUAGAAGAUGCUACCGUGAUUCCAGCCUCCCAAAAUGAGACUGCUGCAGAGAGCAGCAAGCCACUCCCCAAGGCACUUGACUCUGUCAAAACAGCGGUUGUACAUAUAGACGACAAAGGGAGCAAGCCACGUAAACCCAGCCCAGAAGGCGCAAUUCCACCCAAGGCCCUGGAAUGCAAUUGGGGAUCCAUUGAUGACUUUGAAGCUAUCCAGACCAAGACAAAUGUUCAUGGGGGUAGCCCAGUCGCUGCUUCUCUGCCACCUAAACAGCCCUCUCCUGGCAUACCUCCUAAAGCGGGGCAGGAAUUGUGCACUUAUGGACAGGACCUACUUGGGAAAAGGCCCAGGAUGGAUGGCCUCCCCUUGGACAAUGUAAAAGAGGCUGUGUGCCCAGACUCCCUCAAUGGGGAGAGCUUUAUGGGCUUCAUGAAGGAGUGCUUGAAUUCCAAAGGGAGCGAAUCUCCGGAUGACGCUGUUGAGACCUUCUCGGAAGCAGAGCUAAAAGCAGCAAGAUCCGAGGUGGCGGAUCCCCAUUCACAGCAGCCGCCAAAGGUGACUCAAGACUUUGAGCAAGAGCACCUCACCAUCAAGGCCCUCAAAGAAGUUGGCAGGAAGGCUGAGACAGAGAAGCAGCCACUUCCACCAAGCAAGGUCUCCGUUCCCGGAGGGAGGCGUCCUGGGCAGUACUGCGAGGUACCCCCAGACCCCCGAGGUCCUGUUCAGAAGUCUGCCUUGGAGAAGAGACCCCUCUGCCUUGAGCAAGCUGUGGAUGUGAAGCUGGCUUCUGCCCCUGCUGCCCUUGGCGGACACGACAUUCCCAACAAAUCUUCCCAGGCCCCUCUUCCCGAGCCUCCUAUGCCACAUGCUAUUGCAAAAUUACUGGCUGACUUUUCAGGUAAACACACUCUUUGGUUGCUGCUUUUUUAUGCCUUGCAUGUGUGGCCCUCUAAAGACCAAUAUUAUGUUAGUUUACCUCUACAGGGGUGGCAGUGGGCCCCUCCAUAGGUACCCUAGUUUUACAGCAGCCAUGCCCCUGCAAUUUAGUGUUAUCAACCUGCUCUGCGUUUAUCAAGGAUGAGAUUCCAGGAGUACCUGAGGGAUCUGCAAACUUGAAAUAUGUCCAGUCCCUCUUAGUGCUACUGGCCCUAUUAGAACUCUAUUUGUAUGUGCAGGAGUCUGCCAUCUUACGCUUACUUUACCUAGGAGUAAUCCUUUACGCUUACUUUACCUAGGAGUAAUCCCCGUUGCCCUCAGUGGGGCUUACUUCUGGGUAGUUUCUGUAUAGGAUUGCAGCAUAAAUUCCAGAUUGUGUUCCACUGCAGCUCAUGGAUGUAUAGCUCUGCAGUAUGAAUCACUCUCAUAUUACAAGGUGUGUGUCUGAACUCACACGCAUGUCUAGAACUCGUGUGUAUUCAUUUGCACACCCCCAAGAUUUUUAGAAAACCUUUUGCUAGAGUAAGGGAAGGUGGGCAUUGGCCUUCCUCUUUGCCUGUUUGAAAAGAUGCUGUAAGAGUAUCUUUCUGCAUUUGGAGGUGGGUGUGGGUGGGGAGAAGUUGUUGCUAGGAAGACUUCCUCCCAGUGAGGGAAAUCUCAGCCCAUCACAACCCUGGGGAGUGCAUGUUGUAUUCCCCCUGCUCUCCUUUGUUCACCAGCAUGGCUUUUAUGGGCUUGAUACCAGACAAGCACGACAGAGGGAUUCUUGGCUUCUGCUCUGUUUGGGCUGCAGGCUUCAAUUUUUGCAGAUGCUCUUCCUCUCUCCCUUUCUUUGUUUAUAUUUUCAAGCUGAACUGCAAGCAGAGGGGUGGGGGUUAACGAGAGGCAAAACCCAUCAUUAUUUGUAUUUUCCCCUCCUCUGUGGGUCAAGGAGCAAGCAGCCUGAAAAGGGUUUUUUAUAAACUUUCAUCUUUGGCGAGUUGCCAGUCGCCCAUCUCCCAUAAAGAGGGAGUGGCUCUCCCAUGUCUGAACAGAGAGAGUGUUGUGCUGAGUUUUAAAUGCCUCCUCUGUGCUUCUGCUCCUAGGAGGGGCCCUUGGCCCAUGGUGGGCCACAUGCUUUGCAUGUGUAAAGUCCCAGGCCCAAUCCCUGGGGUAGUUCAGGGGAUGGCAAGACGCUUUGGCUGCAUAACGUCCCAGUUUGACAGACUCCAAUGGGAAGGAUCUCUGGUUGCAGGGCUGGAAUCCUUGGGAGCUGCUGCCAGUCAGAGCAAGCAAUACUAGCUAAUCCAGUCUGACUUGAUACAAGGCAGCUUCAUGUUGUCAUGUGCGUCUUACUUGCUUGGGCAUUAGGGCAGCACCAAGUGAUACUAUAUUGUUAACUCUGCUUUUAACAUGUUCUUGUAAUUUUAUUGUGUUUUUUCCCUUGCUUGUAAGCUUUCAGGACUUCUGAGUUAGGAAGCCAUAUACAGAUUUAUUGAACCUCAACCCACACCACAGUUUCCAGGUGUACACAGAUUAAUAUAUUUGAAACGAGAGAGAACGCUGGAGACUCAUAAUAUUUGCUGUAUUUCCAAAUAUGAAUAAGACAGGGUGGGGGCCUUUUCAGAGUUGUCUCCUACCCCAUAGGAUUCCCUUUCAAAGGCACAACUGGUUCUUUCAAUUCAGGUUUUUAAGCGAGCUUUUAAAGACUGUUGUUUUUCCCUUUUGCUUUUAAUGGCAGAUAUUUAUGUAUCUGCUUCUGGUGGUAUUCCUUAUGGCGUUUCUAAGAUGUAUUUUGCUCAGUCCUAAUUAAUUUUAUAUCAUACUUUGUUACUUUUUAUUUCAAUUUGCAUAUAUUUACACCACCCAGAUAAUCUUUUAGAUCAAGAGUAAUAGAGACGUGUUUAAAUAAAAAAAUAGAUAACACAAGUAGAGGCAAAGAGGCACAUCUACAAGACAACUGCUGUCUCUGCUUGCCUCUUCCGCUCAAAGAGUGUUUAUUGCAUUCCCCCAAACCUGAUGGAUAACUUAGUUCCAAAAAGCACAGAAGUUCUAUUAUGAAGAGAGAGCAUUUCUUGCCACCGUCCGGUUCCCACUAGCAAAAUCUCAACCAGCCUUCCUGAACUAUUAUUAUUAGCCAGCAGUCUGCCUAACAACAGGAAUGGUGAGCUGGAGGGCACUUCUUUAGCCCACUUCAUUUACCGCGUAGGGGACGGGAUCUGGCUGCCUAAUUCUGUUUUCUGGUAGUCAUGACAUGGAGGAAGUACAAAAAAAAACACCCUCUGAGACUGGGGGCACUGCAAUCCUUCCUCGAGCUGUGCCUCCCCACCCCACAUGGAAGAUUCAAAUAGGCAUCCCCUGCUCCCAGUCUUCACACUUUGCCUCAUGAGAGCUAGCAACAUCUCUUUUUAAAAUAAAAAUAAAAAUGAGUGCUAAGGUUCUGAGAGUGCUGCAGUACAAAACAGCCCUGUUUGGCUGCCUGCUUGGCUCUUCGCGGGCUCAUGAAAAAUGCACGCUAAAUGCCCCAGAGGGUGGCGAGCAGAGCUUAAGGCUUCCCAGCAGCCCCUUGCAGCAGACUAGUAAACACGAGCAAGAGAGUGGCGAAAUGGGAGAGACGCUGACAGGCGUUUUUCUUUUCCGCUCUUCCAUUCCUGCCUUAUUCGAUGCUGUGAUUACUCAUCCAUCAUCUCCCCAGCACCACCGCCACCCCCCCAUCCACCUCCCCUUCUUGAUGCAUUUGCAGAAAGCAUCAUUGCCAAGAUGUCUGCGUUGAUGCUGUAGCAACCCGCACUUCCAGCAUCUCUCUCGUGUUGUGUGUAUGUGCAGGCUGUUGUUUUUCCUUCAUACCUUGCUGUGGGCAAGCGACCCGUGAUCUGUUCCUUUGUCCUCUUUCUGUCCUGCAACCUCCUCCCACUUCUGCCUGUUUUGACAGCUAAUGCAUUUUGGGGGGGGGGGGUGCGGGAGAUGGGCAAGGAACUCGGCCAGGCUGUUGCAGCAGAAAGAGCUUUUGCUGGGAGGCGGGCAGCCAGUCUCCCUCCUCCGCUCCUGCCCCCUCAGAAGCAAUGGGGUUCUGCCCUCAACCAGUUACCUGCUCUCUCUUUUGGUCUUUCUGAGGUUGCAGUGGGAAGGUCCAGGGCAGGAACUGGCUGUGCUGGCUUCCCUCCCAAAGUUACAAAUUCACCCACAACCCUGAUGUGCAAGUGUGUGUGUGUGUGUGUGUGUGUGUGUGUGUGUAAAAAAUGGAGGGGGGUGAUCCUGAGAGCAGCCAAGCACAAUGUCUUGUCUGAGGCAAACCCACCUUCCUUUAUCCUCUCCUGGGCUGGGACUGGGAGCCAGGCUUUGUCUUGAGCUCAGCGGUGUGGCCUCCAGCCAGCCUAUCAGAGGAACCAGCCUCUCUUUCCAUCAGCCCCCAUCAGCCUCCCUCCUCUCUAGAAGAAUAAACAGCAGGGGGCUGGCCUAAUGCCAUUUGCUGCAGAUCCAAGGACUAGGGGCUUAUCCUCACGGUGUGGGGCAACAGUGCCCCCUUCCUAGAGGUGGCUGGGUGUUACAGGCCAGAACCGCACAGUAGGAGGACCAUCUCUGCCACCUUUGACGCAGGCGUCCGCCUGGGUGGGUGAGCGCCUUGUUUUCAAACCUGGCACAUCCCACGAGAUUGCUGUGCCUAAUUCCUGAACUGGAUUCCUUCAUCCUACCAGCAGCAAUCGAACCUGAGCAUCUGUUUCCAAAAGACGGUUUAGUUUUGCUGCAACAACCAACUGAUUUGGAAGGCAGGGCGUUAAAAUACUGUAGAGCCUAGGUGGGGAAGCUGUGUUGGACUACAGCUCCCAUCAUCCUUGACUGGCUGGGGGCUGGUGGGGGUUGCAGUUCAGCAACAUCUGGAGGGCCACAAGCUCCCCAGCCAGGCUGUCAUUCUUUAGGAAACUAAGCUCUCAACAGCACUUGCUUUUGGGAAAUACCCUGUAGGAACAAGGAGGGGGUUAAUCCCAGGUAAGUUGUGGCAGGGAGCCAGUCUGUGACUUUGCCUUGCCAGACUAACUGCAAGGUACUUUUGUGUUAAUGCACCAAGCCCUAAAUGACCUGUGCCCAUAGUACCUUAAGGAUGGCUUGAUUCCUAAUGCUCCACCUCAGUUGCUGUCUGAUGGGGCCACUUCUGGUGAUUUUCCCACACCCCUGAGUGUUGGUUGGCCUUCACUAGGGGCUGAGUCUUUGGUGUGUCAGGCCAGGCUGCCCUAUGGAACUCCCUGCCAGUAGAAGUUACAUUUUUGGAUUUUAGCAGUGCAGAUUAUAAAUUUGUAAAUAAAAUAAAUAUAUCGUUUUGGCUGUGCUUUGGACAAAACUGAGCUCGGUCAGUAGAACAUGAGACUCUUAAUCUUGGGAUUGUAGUUUUGAGCCUCACGUUGGGUGAAAAAUUCCUGCAUUGCAAGGGGCUGGACUAGAUGACCCUCGUGGUCCCUUCCAACUCUACAAAGCUAUGAUUCUAGCAUCUUGAGCAGGGGAAGGGCUGAAUGUUUGUGUUUAAAAAGAGCUUUGGCAGAAACAGAAAAUACUCAGGAAUUUUGAAGCCAUGCAGAAAGGUGGUAUGUGUUUGGAAAAGGGUAGAAAUUUGUUGGAGGGGGUUUGAAAUAUAUGUACACCUAUUUUUAUCAGUUAUAGAUGACUGCUUCAAUGCAUUAAGCCUCACUUAGCAUAUAAAAUAGUACUGCAGGUCUGCCAUGCAGGCCAACAAAUGCUAACACAAAUAAUGUAGUGGGUGGUUUCUUACAUAUAGUAAUGUCUCUUCUCCCCCUCCCCCCCCCCCAAUCCAACUAGCUGAAACCAAGUUACCAUUUUAAAAACCAUUGUCAGUGGCUCUGCUCCAUUCCUUAGCGAUCUAGGGAAAAUCUCACAGCAGUCCCCCACACUAUGGAGGCCACCGCUGAACCAUAUUUUUCGGGGAUGGCCCUUAGGCUUAGUUCAACAAAUCCACCAAGUUGGCCCUUUUUAAGCAAGCAGUUGAGAUGCUUUGUUAAGAUAGUAGUCCUAGAUGUGUCUACUUGGGAGUAAGCACCAUCCCCACCGAGUUCAAGGGGACUUGCUUCCAAGUAAGACUGUGCACAGGUUGCAAACCUACAUCCCAUUGAAUUUGAUGGUGAUGGUGCUUGCUUCCGAGUAGACAUACAGGAUUGCAAGAGCUUCAUGUGCCUGCAGAUUGCAUUUAUAUUUAUAAAACAGAUUUAUAUCCCACUUUUGUCUUUUUGAAAAGAUCCUCAAGGUGCCGACUAAAUCUGGUUUUGUUUUGCUGCAAUAAAUUAAAAUAAAGUAUACGAGAAGCUUUCAGAAACAGCCAGGUUAUAAAUAACUGUUCAUUUGGUCCACAGUAUCCCUUUAAAGAAGUUGCAAAGCAGCCCAAGGGUAGCAGGAAUGGGGCCAAACAGGCCUUUUUCAAAACUGCAGUCCACAGCAGUGGUGCCGUGAUCACCCAAGCCCUCUCCUGUUUGCCACCUGCAUCUCUUGGUUCAGGGGUUGCCAGCCUUUUUAGGCCCCAUGGGCAUAUUUGGAUUUUUGAGCGAGUGCCAUGGGUACAAUUUUUGGAUUUUUGAGAGAGUGCCCCUCUGGACAAUUCUUUCCCCAUCUUUUGGAUUGGUGCUGGGAGAGAAAACACGUAUGUGAGAGCGUGUUUACUUUUCCAAGGAAUCUGGGUAGAAGUUGUACCCGGUAGAAUAAAUCUGAGCCUUGAAAAAGCAUAGAGCUGAAAGAGGAAGUGAGAGAUAGUGCCACUCUUCCAACUUCCUCCUCCAGCUCUAUGCUCUAAGGGAGAAAAAGAUAACCGUCCUCGCCAUCUCAUGACCAAGGGGCAGUGAGGGGAGCAGGGGCCCAAGAGGCUUCAUGGAUGCCUUGGUCCUGGGAGGAUGCAGAGAAGGUCCUUGGUUAUCGCCCUUAGAAUUGCAUGGCCUGGGUGCUCUUCUUGCAGCAGUUUCCAACCCUAUCCAGUGACCUCUUGUGCUCAUUUCUCUCUUUGGCAGUGCGUGAUCUGGUCUUCUGGCGGGAUGUGAAGAAGACGGGCCUUGUCUUCAGCACCACGCUGAUCUUGCUGCUCUCCCUGGCUGCUUUCAGCGUCAUCAGCGUCAUCUCGUACCUCAUCCUGGCACUCCUCUCCGUCACCAUCAGCUUCCGGGUCUACAAGUCUGUCAUUCAGGCUGUGCAGAAGUCUGAAGAGGGGCAUCCAUUCAAGUGAGUGGGCUUGGUUCUCACCAGGUUCCGUUUAGGCCAAGUAGAUUUCCAUUCUCCCUUAUCCUUUCUGAAAAAUGGCCUGCAUGAACUCGUGACCAUGAGAUCAGGUAGUAAAUGCUAAUAUUGGAUGUGAAGAAGCAUAGGCAAUUGCAUGGAGGGGGAGAAUUCUUUGGGUAGCUGUCAACUGUGAGAGCUAAAUGGAGCCUCCAGGUUCAGAAGCAGUGACUACAUACAUGAUUAUACUAGAGGCAUGUAGUACAGGAGGGCUCUUGCUUCUAGGUAGCCUAGAAGCAAGGUAUGAGAGUUUAUGGGAAGUUCAGAGCAUUUGUUCAUCUAGUGUCGUCUACUCCAGCCGGCAGCAGCUUUGCAAAGUCCCCAAUUGUUUUAACUGGAAAUGCUGAGAAUCGAACCUUGGACCUUAGGAAGGUACAUUGAAAGCUCAGCAUUGUCUCUGCUGAUUGGCAAGGACUCCCCAGGCUUUCAGAUGGGGGUCUCCCCCAACCCUAACUGGACACACCAGGGACUGAACCUGGGAGAGUCUGCAUGCAAAGCGGGAAACUACCCAGAGGAACAGGGGAAGCUGCCUUAAACCAAGUCUAACUGCUGGUCCACCCAACUCCGCAUUGCCCACACCGCGCAGCAGUCAUUCUCCACGGUUCUAGGCAGAAGUCUUUCCCUGCCCAGUUAGCCCUGUCCUGUGAUGCCAGGGAUUGAAUGGGAUAUUCUCAUUCGCUCUGGCCUUUCCUGUGUACGCUCUUGUCACUGAGCUGCAGUCCCUCUGCAUCUGGCUUUAGCCACUGUUGGAAGGAGUUUGCAGGACUUGACAGAUCCUCUGAUCCAACUGGGCUCCUUUUUAAAAAUAGAUUUUUUUCCCCUUUGCUUAAUCAAAGGCUUAUAAUUCAACAAUGUAUUAAAAUGAAAACUGAAGAGGAAACUAUACAAUUGCAUUAAAAUGAAAUACACAUUUGAGUUGUUGCAUUCAGAAUCCCUGGGGGAAAUGAUUAUUAUUGGUAUGAUAAAUAGCAUGUCCAUUAAAAAAAAAUGUUGUUUAUAAAUAUCAAGGUGUUGUCAUACGAUAUUCCCACUUGAUGCUGAAAAGUCCAAAUAGUAGUGUGUUUCACAGGAAGCAUUUGAGCAUUGUCGUCUCUAUAGAAAUACAUUUUUGCCACGUAGUUGAAAAUGAAUCCUUUGUUUGUCCUCUAAUAUACUGAUGCACCGCCAGCAGCGAUGAGACACUUUCAAAUUGGCAGGAGUAGGUCCAUCAGGGCUCUUCUUAAGGACUCACUCUUGUUAAUUUAAAAUUGGCUCAUCGUUGAUGGCGCCGCAUAAGUAUGGAGUGCCCACUGGAGAAGUCUAAUUGUUGGUGAACCAUUUCUCUCCUUCAGUCAUCAAAGGGCAGACUUAGUCGUUUGCUGCUGCUGGGAGGGCAGGCCUUCAUUUGCCACCUGAGGGUAGAGAGGACCCUGCCUUGUUCCCUAUUUGGCUUCCUGGGGAAAUGAAGUCAGCAUCAGCCCAACAGCCAUGAUGGAGUUUAAUAAAAAAUUGGCCCACUCUACAGAAGGAAGGAACCUGCCAUAACAUGACUGGCAGGCAGUACAGAAGUGUUUGUUGCUAUCUGGUGCUUCAGUUUUAUCCACAAUGUGGCUUUCUGCCCUUUUCCCCCUCCCAGAGCCUACCUGGAUGUCGACGUUGCGCUCUCCUCUGAGGCUUUCCACAACUACGUCAGCGCUGCUAUGGGACACAUCAACCACUCCCUGAAACUCAUCAUGCGCCUCUUCCUGGUAGAAGACUUGGUGGAUUCGCUGAAGGUCAGUGGAGGGCCAGAUUAAGCAUACUUAGUGUGCUACAGACAGUGCUCGAAAUUAGCCAGGCGCAUUUUGCACCUGGCUUUCAACCACUCGUGCCCAAGUGAAGAUGCCUGGGCACCCACCAUCUGGAGGUGCAUGCCUAGAGAUCUUUAGGAUCUGGAGUGUUUUCAUACACUAAUACUCCAUUCCUGUAGAAUUCUAUCAGUUAUAUUUUAUCUGCACAAUCUGAAUGAAUUUCAGGAAUCCAAAUGCUUUUUCUGUGCAGCCAGAACAGGAGCAGUCACCCUUAAGAAAAAGAGGUUGGAACAGGCCAAUAGAUAUGUGGACUGUCCCUGGAUCAAGUGACUUUUCUUCUUUUAAGUUCUCAUGGUUCUUAACCUAGCUCAAGGCUGUCAUCUGAACUAACCAGAUGUUUUGCUGAGAAUCAAUCACAGUCGGUCCAUCAUUUGAAAAAUAAGACUUUAGAGCUAUCUUGCUCAAAAAUGGCAACUAGACAUUCUGUUUUUGUAGCUAACCUUGGUUUAAGGAACUAUUGGGCGCUAGCUUAUAUAUAUUUGAGUUUCUAACACUGGCUACAGAGCAGGGGCCUCAAGCAGAGGACAGCUCCUACCACAGUGUCAUUGGAGUGCCUGUUGCUUUGAGCUGAGGAGGAAAGACGUGUGCUUGUUUUCCCUGAAACUUAAAGCAGGAAGGUCUCACCAUGAGCCCAGAGAUGGGUAGCAAUGCCACGCUGAGUCAGGACCCACUGGAAUGCAGCGAGACUGAAUUCCGCUUUUGUAGUUAAUCUGAGGUCAGUGUAGAAUUUGGAAGAGUUCCUGUCCUUUUCUAGGCUCAGGAAAUGGUAGAAACCCCCCCUGCCACAGCCCUCUUGCAAAAAGAUGCGCUCUCCUGUGGCGAGUGGCCACCUUUUUUGAACCUUGAAAGAAAAGGCAGAGUGAAAGAGUAGGGUGAAAUGAGAGAGGGAAAAGUAACAAGGGAUUGGCAUAAGCAAAUGCUUCGCUUUGAAUGGGGAUGAAGGCUAAGGGGCAGAGAGGGGGAGUCAUUGUGGGAAUGACCACCGAAAUUCAGGUUGGCACAGCCAUCUACAUCAGUUUCUGCAGCUGUCCUAAUAAAUGGGGCACUGCAGCAAGCAGGCUGGUCCAGGGAGGUCAAAGAGGACAACUUCACAGGAUCCCGUGCUCCAGCGUGGCCUUACUGAUGCAUUGAUACUAUAAACAGCCUAGGGUUUUUGCUAACAGUGUGCCAUCCUGUUUUGCCUGCAGCUGGCAGUUGUCAUGUGGCUGAUGACGUACGUUGGUGCCAUCUUCAACGGGAUCACCCUCCUUAUCCUUGGUAAGACGCAGUAACGAUAGAUGCCGUGGCAUCGGCAGCCUGGCUCCUUGCCAAUCUGCAGUUACAUUUGACCAGGGAAAUCUUAAAGCAUUUGCCCUGGGGAGUCAUACUCUAGGUUCAGCUAAUCCAGGAUCUUGUUUCAUACAGCGAACAGCAAGAUACUUCCAGGGAGCCCAGGGGCAGGAUGUGAAGGCCAAUAUCCUUCCAUUUGCCCACCAGCAACUGGUUUUCGUUGGCAGAUUCCCUCUGGUUGUGACUGAUAAAGAGUCUAACUUAGCUCUAAAAGAGGAUUGGACAAAUUCACGGAGGAGAGGAGAGGUCUGUCAGUGGCCAUUGACAUAUCUUGUGGCAGAGAGUUCCAUAAUUCCACCUAAUUAAUACAGAUUUCUUGAGGAACAGGCAUGUCUCAUAGGAAGAACAUAAGAAGGUGCUGUGAACUGAGUUAGACCCUUGGUCCAUCUAGCUCAGUAUUAUCUACGCUGGCUGGCAGUGGCUCUCCAGGGUCUCAGGCAGGGUCUGUCUUCGCCAGCCCUACCUGGAGAUGCCAGAGGUGGAACCUGGCACCUUCUGCAAACAGAGCAGAUGCUCCUCCACCACUGAGCUGCAAUUGUUCUUGGUCACUCAUGCGCUGUCCCAUUUUUAAGGCCUGGGUCAGCCCAGGGUCACAGGCACAGCGAAACUCAAAAGAGUGAAACCUCCAGAUUCCAUCAUGGCUGCCCUUGCGCUAUGCAGCCCAUCUGAUCAGCCUGCCCCAGUUUUGUGACCCAUCUUGGCUGCCUUGGUGACCUGUGACUUGCCUUUGUAUCGUUUCAGCGGAGUUGCUGGUUUUCAGCGUCCCUGUCGUUUAUGAGAAAUACAAGGUGGGUAACCUGGAAUGUGAGCUUGUGUUGUCUGGUCCACAGCAGGCUGCUUGACUGGUGCUCAGGGGGCAGGGGUGGGGUUAGGCAGUGUGGAACAGUGGGCCCAUCUUUGGAUGAGGGAUGAUAUUUAUUUUGGUGCCAUGUUUCUUUGGUCAGGGGCUUUCCACAGAGCAGGCAUGAACAGAAUUUAUCCUGUAUACUAUUUAUAUAAAAAAAGACCUGAGUGUUUUCCAUAAGAGAAUUUGGAGCUACAAAAACAUCCAUUCAGUAAGCACAAUUACAAUUAUGCACUAUAUCCAAUAUAAUCUAGCAGAGCCUCUGCCAACCUGGUGCCCUUAAUAUGUUUUGCACAACAGACCAUACUGGCAGGGACUGGUAGGAGUUGUAGUUCCAACAUCUGGAGGGCACCAGGUUGGCAAAGGCUGUUCUAGCAACAUCUGGGCAGGUGCAGCUUACCUAUCCAAAGGGGGGGGGGGGAGAGAGAGAGAAGUUAUGCUGGUGGGUGUGGGUGUGAUGCCCUUUGUAUAAGAGCACGGUUUACAUGGCAGCCCUAGUUAGAAAUUCACAAUGGUCUUGUGCAAGUUGGUUCCCAUACACCUCUUCUAAUUACUUUUGGGUUUUUUGUUCCUAGACUCAGAUUGACCAUUAUGUUGGGAUUGCCCGGGAGCAGAUCAAGUCAGUUGUAACAAAGUAAGUCCCAUCAGAGUUAUUGGCAGGCUUCAGUAUUUUGACUCUUGCCAUGUGCAGCCCUCUGGGAAGUGUGGUGAGCAGCCAGACUUCAGAUGGGAGGGUAAGGCGGGGGGGGGGGGGCAUCGGUUGUAACCUGCCCUGGGACCUUAGGGUGGGUAUUUAAGGAUAAUUAAUAAUUGGGACCAAAGCAACAAAUCACCCACCCUUUCCUGGCUGCUGCUCAUCAGACUGUAGGGUGGCUUAGCUUGGUCCUUGACAGCGUCGGACAGUGUUAUUUGUUCUUUGCUUAUGUUAUUGUUUGUUUAAUUAUUAUUGUAUUUGUCACUUUAAAAAACCAAUCAAAUUAAUGGAAGGAGAACAUUGGUUUGGAGAGCAAAGCCAGUCAGAAAUUGUAGGCAUCUGGUUACCGGUCAGCCUUAAGUAUGAAAUUCCUUACAGGUGUGGUGUUACGCUUUGCUUUCAUCUUUGAGCCUCUUUUGGCUGUCUUGCAGUCGGAACAGUUGACCUUUCAAGACAUAAAAGGGCUUUUGCCAGUCCAGAGGGACAAGCCCCUGUACACACAAGCAGCUUGCAUUAUUUAGACAGCCAUCAUCGAGAUCAGUUUAAUGAUGCCUGCAUGUGGUAGUCUUGUUUAACCUAGCAAGGCUAGCAAGGAAUUCCAUUUUGGGGCGCUGAGGAUGCUUCUAGUGCUCAUGAUGCCCCCCUAACAAUGGCACGAAGGCUGGAUAGGAGCUAAUCCAGAACACUUGAUUCAUCAUCAAAUACAUGCAACUGGCGAGGUCUAUCUUCUGUCCAUUUUUGAGAGAUGACUCAUGUGAAUUUGAGUGUGUUUUGUUAUUUAUACCCCACCUUUAUUCAGUAAAACUCAGGAUGGUGUGCCUUGUGUUUGUCGCCCAUCCAGGCCCUGACCAGAUCCAGAUUUGCUUUCUGUUAGCAUCAUGUCAUUUCAUACCGUAUUGAGAAGUGUGACAUGGGUCACUUUAUCUAAUACCAGGACUUAAAAUGACACAAACAUAAUUGUUAUUCCUGUGCCCCCAGCAUCUAAUCCCACCUCUUCUCUCUUUCUCCCCCCCCACCCACCCAACAGGAUUCAAGCAAAGCUUCCUGGAGUUGUGAAGAAAAAGGCAGAAUAACCUUGCAAGGAGCCAGGACUCAGCUGUUAACUAAAAUGAAACAAAAAAUACCCCCUGUGUCAUAGUUAUAACCAUUGUUACUUGUACCUAUGAAGGAACAUGCCGAAUCAGCUUGAUGUCUGCAUUCCAAGCUUACUGAUUAUGUUUUUUUAUAUAUAUAUAAAAAGAUUUUAAAAAAUCCACCCCCUCCCCAAAGCCUCAACACUGGGUUCAGAAUGCACUGGACUAAACACGAACUGGUGUCAGAAGUUUAAAAGAGGGGAGGGGGCACCUUUUGGCUCUAAAGCAGCUCUGGUGUCCUGUCUUGGAUGGAACAUUAUAGUAAGCCAUCAAAAAUGGGUGUUCCUUUUCAUGUUAAGAGAUGUGCUCUCUGCUCAGCGGGACAUUAGCAUUUCUAAAACCAGCUUUGGUAGGCUGAAAUAGCUGCAAGGUGAAGCUAGUCUGUUCCUCUCUUCUUCCUUGUUCUCUAUUUCCCUCCCUCCUCCCGGCCUGGCCUCCUUAAAAUGACAGGACUUGCUUCAAGUGCAAUGUUCCCUAGUUCCACUAAGGCAGUGUCUCUUACCAGGCUCACCCAUCUUUCUGCCAUGGACUAACUGGCCUGAAUGAAGAGGGCAAGCUUAAGGAAACUUCAGAAAGUACCCAGCCAGUACUUAUCUCCCACCCCCAGCGUGUGUACCCUCACUGAUGGAAAGGGGAAUUCUCCACCCCCGCCUCCCUUAAUGACAUCAGUUCUCUUUUAGUCUGGUUCAUCUUCUGCCUUCCUUACCACCACCCCCAGCCACAGAAAUCAGUUCCUUACCCCACCCUGAUUAAGAUUACUUCCCCUACCCCUUACUCUUAAAUGAAAAUGUCUGUAACUGCUGUACACUUUGCUGUAAAAAGCAAAACUCAAGCUGGCGAAAAACCGAGAGUUCUGCAUGUGAUGCCCCAGUCACUUUACUUCCAGUCUAGGACAGGGGGCAGGGGCUGAGUUGCAGAGCACUGACACACCUUGACCCUGAUCUUUGUCCUCCCCUCCCGUCCCACCCUCCUUUGGGCUGGCGAGGAGCUGCAGUCUUCAAAGACAGCAGUUUCAGGGCUAGAUUUUGGGGCCCCUCUCUCACAAGCUAUGUCAUGUCUGUUUGCAGUUUUAGAAAGAUGUUUGGGACUGGAGGAUUGUCUUUGAAGAGUCUUACAGUUUUUAAAAAGGCUUUUUUUGUUUUGUUUGGGUUUUCAAAGGCUUCCUUGUUGGGAAGCAAAUCUUCCAUGAUUCCGUGAUGGUUUAUCACCCACAGCUGCCAACUGCGGUCAGACUCACCCCUCUGGCAGUCUGCACCAAGUUAAGCCCAUUCCUCCCCCGCCGGCGGGCAGUGCUAAAUUGGUGGCAUAGCUGCUUUCGGAUGAAAGAUGGGACCAUGCACAGCUGGACAGGUGGGGGAUAAAUUUGAAAUUCAGGUUGGCCAAAGGGAGCCCACCUCCUGCCCAAGGCUGAGCGAGGGGGGAAAGAGUCGAGUUGGCAGCUAAAAUGGAAGGGACCACCCCACCCCCCAGCUGAUGGAUCUCAAGUGGAAGGUAGUAGGGGAAGGGCAACAUCUUUCUUAAGAAAUCCAAAGAAGGCGAGCCUGUGCUGCCCUCGGCCCCAGGGAACUUCCCAGGGUUGGUCAUCCCUCCGCCUUGUCCAGCUGCGUUUCAUCAGCCGCUACCUUUCCUGUUGUAAACAGAACAGCUGGAAGGUGGUGCUGAAAAUAGGCGUGAGCAGAGCAUCAGGCUGCUGUUUUUUGCACGCGCAAAAAUGGCUGCUGUCGCCCAGCCCCUUUUUGCCUGUUCCCACUCUUUCCUUGCUUUGCAGACCUCGGUGCAAAGCUCCUGGAGGGCAUGCACCCACAGGGCCCUGCCGUAUGCAAGUCUGGCAAAGACACGAUAGGACCAUAAAGCAAUCCAACAAAUAGUUUCAUUGGCUUUUUUUUUUUUUUUAAAAGACCCAAGCAAUUUGAGCUGUGUGUGUGUCUCUUCUAGGUGGAAUAGGAGCAGCAGAUCUUAGUGAGAGGUGCAUGAGUGUCUGUUGUGCUUCUGCACUCCCCACCCCCCAGCCCAGCCUGAGUAGGCAUCUUGCACUGUCUUGUCCUGACUCCUCUUCUCUCCACUCCCACCCCCUUCGAAGACCUCUUCUCUGCACUGGAAGCCUUUGGCUCAGCUCUUCCAUCUGUUCUGUUAACUGCUGUGUUUGAAUACCGUGAACCGACCUCUUUGUGCCCGGCAGGCUUUUUAAAAAAACAAAACAAAAAAAAGAGAAAGUUGUACGUAGGUGGAGAAAACGUCAAAAACUACUAAUGAAGCUCUUUUGCGUUUGUGUGCGUUUGUUGUGUACAGUGUGUGCAGCAUUCUAAAAGUAUGGUAGUGCCAGUUUGGGUACAGGCGGAAACCUGGCGUGAGGUUCGGAAGAGGACUGGAUAAAUGCAAUUUGAUGUGGUGUUAAUAAAAAGAGCACAACAUGUACAAACUCCAAGAAA